AUGGAGGGGCGUUAUGUUGUAAAAAGAGCGCGGCAGGAGGAGGAGGACCCGCGACUGGCCCCAUUUGAGGGGCUCCUCAGAGCACGGGGAGUUGAGGGUAUCCCGUGCUCAACGAUGCUGCAAGUACUCACAGUACUGCAGGUGAUCCCGACCGAUAUCCGGUUCAAGGAUUAUUGCCUAGCAACCUGGCACGUGAUGGCCAGGUAUGCCGGGCCACUAACAAAAGCUAAAAUAACACUAAUGGAGACCACGGGGAUAAUCCCCGAUACACUAAUCACCGCUUUUUGCCGGGUACAGGAGGUCAUGCUAGUGGUUCAUCCACUGCAUACCGCCGCACCCGUCAAAAUUUAUGGACGACCCGGCGCAAAAAUAGUGGAGGCGGCGGAAUACUUGGGGUCCUACGCCGUUCUCGACAUGCCGACGGCUAGGACCGAAGAGGCUCCGGCUCCAAAAAAAACGCCCUUGCCGGCGAUAAUUGAAGAAGAAGAAGAAGAGGAGCCGCAACCCGGGCCAUCCAGCCGGCCUGACUUUCCGGCUGGAUCCAUUUCUAACACAACCUUAACAAUAUCGACUGACCACGACAACUCACCUCGCCUAACAGAUAACGAAAUAACGACAUCAUCACCCUCAUCAUCGACUAACUCAACAACUAACAACGCAACUCAAUGUCCUUACAACUUCCGUCACCCGAGACGCGAGGCAAGUCCCCUAACCAUCCGACUUUGCCCGCGUUUCAAAGCAUCUAACAUUUCAACACUAACACCUCAACACGCAUCGGAGCUGGCACCCACCAUCCCAACACCGUACAGAGUAACCAACAACGAAGUCUCUUUUUGUACUUGGUGCGGGCACACCGUCCUGGUGCCUCAGGGCCUCUCGGCGAGGCAAAUUGCAAUUCGUAUGGACGCACACCGAGCCGAGAGGUGUGUGGCGGCACCGAAGAAGGCCGUAGUUGCGAGGAAGGACGCCGCCGAGCGCCUUCAGGAACUCGGCCGCGAUCACUCGUUCAUCGCGGUCCCUGGGGCCUCGGCGGUCGAGGAGGGUAUCGAAAGGAAGAGGCGCAGGACGGUUUAA